AUGGCAUCCACUGAGCCCAUAUCCUCGAUGAGUGCAACAACAUCUCGACACUUUCCGAUGCGCCUCAGUCAACGCACGUCUUCGAGCAGAGAGCGAAGAGCGAGGCGCGAUUAUGCGGAUAACUGGCCUUUCCCUAAACCCCGCUCAAGGGAACUGCGUCGGACCCAUUCGAAAGAUAUCCCGUUAUCGUCAUCGCACCCUAAUCGUCGCCGCACUCUUCGCAGAAAGCAAGGGGUGCUGCAUUUGCGCGAGAUUUUCAAGAGGGGCGCAAUGGAGAUACAAAUGAUGGAGUUGAAAUUGCAGCCAUAG